AUUGAAAUAUCUUCAUUUGAUACAAUUUUUAUUACAGCUGGAACUUGCAAGUGUUCCGACCAAUGUACGAGCGCAGACGGCUGCAUAUGUGGUCCUAACUGCAAAUGUGGCUCCGAUUGCAGCUGUCCCGGAUGUAAAGUCAUCACCUGCAAGUGCAGUGGUUCAUGUGCAUGUGGGAAAGGUUGUACUGGGGAAGGCACAUGCGGAUGUGGCAACGACUGCUCGUGCAAAAAGUGAUGGGGAGAUGUCACGUGGUUUCAGCGGCAUGCGAGGACACGUUUACAAAUAUCAUGUUACCACUUGCCUAGAUUCGCCAUGCAUUGCUGCAAAUCUUCAGAUCAGAGAUGGUGGUUUCAUAAUUUUCAGUUUCACCAGAUAACAUUUGAAUAAGACAGUCUUAUUUUUCAUGAUCUCAAAACCCCGUGACAUAGAUAUAUUACUUUAGAAAAUAAAUGUUAAAAUAAAUGCGAAAUGAUAAUGUU